UUACAAUUUACAGCUAAUUCAAUAAACUGCCAUAAUCUAGUGUGAAAUUUUCUAUAUUUUAUUAUCUUGUGUUUUGAUUUAACAAUUGUGAAACACCAUGAGUUUGGACACAGAGCUCAUAGUUACCAUGCCACCAUGGAAAAGAGAAUUCAUGGAAAAGAAACGAAAAAAAGAAAAGAUGGAAGAGUUAAAGGUUCCCUUGUGGAAACGAGAGCUUUUGAAAAGAAUCCAUUCUAAGAAUCAGAGAAUGAAUGAAGAUCAGACUGAUAUUUUAGAAGAACACAUACCUAAAGUCUCAGACAAUAUAUUCUUAGUACACGAGAAGCAGCAUCGACCGAAAUAUUCAUCAACUCCUCCCAACAAAUCUUUGUCUCCAGAAAUAGCAACAACUAAUCCAAUCAACAUAACUUCUGUUGACAAUAUAAUUAUUAUUGAGAAUGAGGAUAAGUCUGUCAACAAUGAAGUAACAUCUAACAACAAUUCUGAAUCUGUUUUUGCAACGGACGAAACAAAGGAAUAUCCAAAAGUGGGAAUCGUACAUAAACUUUUGGGACGCUUUCAAACUGAUAAAUCUGACCAACAACAAAAGACUAAAACCUAUCACAUUCCAACUUAUCAAAGAUCAAAAAGUACUGAAGUUGUUAAAUCACCAACAACAUUGACACAUAUUGAACCUUACCCAACAGUGAUUGUUGAAAAGAAAACACAAAAUUUAGAAUCACAGGACGCACAGGAUACUGUAAAAUCCACAAUGCCAACAGAUAUGCUAUCACCACUUCUUAUAUCCUCCGCCAAGCCAUUUUCCAAGCAAGCUAUGUCAAGUACUGAUCACGGUUUUCAUCAUGUCAAUGUCCCCAUUCGUAAAGUAGCAGCGCCGACCAGUCCAAAGCAUGUUGUAUCGCCAACAAAAGCUGAACCAGCGGCUUCUAAACCAGAUGUUUCAAAUGAAAUUGAAACAAAAAAUAAAGACACCAGCUCAUUCAAUGACGAUUUAUCAAAGCUACACAGCGCUAGAGAGGAUAACACAAAUUUUGUACGAACCACUGUCAAAACAGAACCACAGCAUGCUCCAUACAGUGUCACUUCUGUAAAAAAACACACAGAUUUGAAAAAUGGUGAAACUCUACAUUCUAGUGGAAGUACUGUAGAGCAGACUAGUAAUGCAAAGGAAAUUCAGAAACCAAAACUGCAAGAUAAAAGCAACUUUACAUCAUAUCGUCAAAGUGCCAAAACGCAGGCAAAUGAAGCUCAUAAGCCAGAGAAUAUGCAAACAAUCCCGAAAUAUGAGCCUCCUAAAAAAGAGAUUAUUAUAAAGCCAUCUGUAGAAAGCCAAAAACCAAAAGUUCAAAUUAAGCCCUCAACAAUGAAAGAAAAUAAUAGCUCUGUACAAAGUCAUCCACCGUAUGUAAAAAAGUAUGGCAAAGGGGAAAAUGAAUUCAUGAAAAUUGUACACGAAUCUCUCGAUGAAUCAACAUUGAAAAGUAAAUUGGCAAUUAAAGCUAAUAAACUCAUGAUGACUUCAAAAACUUUAAAAAUUACCCCGUCAAGGGCUAGAAAACAGUUUCCUCAAAAUGAACCAGAAUUAGCUACGGCCACACCCACCAGAACUAUGACAAAAGUUUCAACAGCAUCAGAAAAAAAUCAUAAACCAAUCCCUGCAAAAAGAUUGAGCGUUGAAAAGGAAAUUCAUAUUAUGGAAAAUAAAGAGUCAACACCAGAACCUACAAAGUCUUGGGUAACAAAUAAACCCAGGGAUGAAUUGCCAUCACAAGAACCUGUGAAGUCUCACACGAAAGCCCCACCCUUACAAGAACCCGUCAAACCUUGGGUGAAAAGUCCCACCCAAUACGAUCUACCAUCACCAGAACCAGUUAAUAAGUCAUGGGUUAAGGAUUCACCCAAAAAGGAUUUGCCAUCACAAGAACCUGUUGGGGGUUAUGUGAAGGCCCCACCUGAAGGUGAUCUGCCUUCAACAUCAAUUGACGAUAUUCUUAACGAAACGAAUCUCGUUAUCACACCUGUGGCAUCAUUACCAAUUUCACCAACCGAACCAAAGAAGGAUAUUGUAAUUUUUAAGGAAGAGAAGAAAAAAUCAAUCGUUACCAUUCCAUCACCAUCUAAUUCGAAUGAUAUUCAUAAACCUUCGACUAUGUUUACAAACAGGACUAAUGCCAAUACAAUAUCCGUUAUCCCUAAAACAGAAUCUGUGCAAAAGCCAGCGUCAUUUGGUUCUAGAUUUCCUUCGUCAACAUCGGGAUCAAGUCGUGGAAAAAGUUUCACAAUUGAUCCAAGCAAAUUUCGUAAAUCUGCUGCUGCACCUGUUCCACCACCAACCAAUAUUGUAAAGGGAUCUGGCAACACUCGUAUGAUAGUUCCUGGAAAUAAGCCUAACGUUGCAGAAACUGAUUCCAUUGAAUCAGCAAAAUCUGGAAAAAGGAAACUCACAGUGGAUCAAAUCACAGUUAUCGGUGGGUACAUCUCUCUUGAGAGAUCAUGCCUCAUCAAGAAUACAAAGAGAAAAAAAUCGGUUUCAUCAAUAUCUUUUUGUGAAGAUAAAGACCUUGAGAAAACAUUUACUUAUGCAUCAGAAAGAUCAUUGUUGGCUCUUGAAACAAAAGCAACAGUGAAUACUGUUACGAAAUCACCAGGAUUUGGAAAAGAUAGCACCAUAGGAAAAUACACACCAAAAUAUCUUUUGUCAAUGAAAUCUGAGGAACUUGAUGAUGAAGAUACAAGUGAUUCGAAAUCAGUGUCAACAACAUCUUCAGAAAAAGAAAUAUCGACUUCUAAUGAUGCCACACCAGAUGAUAAUGCUGCAACAUGGGACGACGUGACCAAUUCAAGUUCAACAACAGACAUCCUAUUUUAAGUUUGAAGUUUUUUCUUCUCUGUGCACUUACUCGGUUAUAUUUGUUGCAUCAUAAUUUGUUUUCAGGUAUCCAUUCACAACAAUAAUAUAAUUACUGCCUACCCAGGGCAAGAUACAAUGAUAAGCUACAAUAUAAAAAGCCAUUUAAAAUAUCAUACUCAAGCUUCAUACUUUAAUUUUUUGUGUUAUUUGCAUCUAUUUGCCAUGUCUUAUGCUCUUGGCAUGUGUUAGCGUUGAAAGUUUUAAUUUAAAUGAAUUUAUAUUGUGUUGCACUAUUAGUAUUAGAAAAAUACUUACUUCACUAUUCAAGGCAGGACAUUUUAUUAUCAGUAUAACUUAUACCAAUCAAUUUAAACAUGAUCUGACCGAAUCAUCGAUACUUAUAUUUAACUGGAAGCCCACUUGUUUUCGUGUUACACAAUACACUGAAUCAGGGAUGUCCAAAGCGAAUCGAAUACAUUCCAAUUUAAUUAUAUUCGAUUCAAAAAAAUGGAGUUUAGGAAUAAUUUAGAAUAUUUUUAUUUGAAAAUUAGAAAAUUUCGAGCCACCAGAAAAGCAGAUAUAUAUUUCCACAUGAACUUGCCCGUAAUUUAGAAUGUAUUCGAUAUUCUAUAUUCAAAAAUAUUUUUUUCAGAAUGAAUUGAUAUAGUGAAAUAUUUGGUUUUGGCCAUCCCUGCGAGCGAACAAUAUCGGUGUCCGCUUAAUAUUCUUGCCUUGGCUAAACUGUAUACAUUUCUUUCAAUUUUGAGCGAGUGUUCCUUGUUUCAUAUUUUUAACUUUAAUUAUUAUGUUAAUUAUGUUUUAUUCUAAUUAUAUUACAAAUUCUAGAUAAGAGACAUUUUUUUAUGUGGUGUGCAAUUUUUUUAAAACCUUGCGACAUAGGUCAAUACGGUUUGAAAAAUAUAUUUUGUUCAAGACAUUUGCGGCAGAUUGUAUUCCAUACAAUUUGAGCUAAUUUUUAUGCUUCUUUCUUCAUUAUGUUAAUACAGUGGUUUUCAACAACUUUGGUAGAGCAGGACCCCUGUGUAAUAGUUUAAAUUUGUUUCAUUGUUUAAAUUGUAUAAAUUAUAAAUAUACAUAAAAGCUUAAUAAUGGAAUAAAAUGAUCUUUAUAGUGUAACAAGUUUAAUGAAAGUGUCAAACCAAAUAGGUAUUUGAUUACAUUUAAACAGUAUACAAAUAUUGGUAUUCCCGUAGUAUGUGUACCAGGUUAGGGUUAGGCCAUAAUUUCAGGUACAAAUACUAUGGGAGUCACUUGGCUAGUCCCCGAACUCGUAAAAGAACUAAAAAUAAGGAAAAUUGGAAUAAAAUUAUGGCCUAACCCUAACCUGGUACACACUCUAUGUUCAGGUGCCUGCCAUCUUGGUUCACAUACUGCAGGAGCACCCAAAUAAUAAUAUAUGGACUCUUAGAUUGGAAUGGAAACUUGCCGAACCCCUGGACUGUACUGGCGGAAUCCUAGGGUUCUGCGGAACACCAGUUGAAAACCACUUUAUUAACAUAUUAUUCUCCUUCUAAAGUGUAUGAUUUUCUAACGGAUGUGAACACUGGUUGUAUUUAUCCAGUUAUGAGUAUCAUUACUAAUGGUAGGAACUUAUCUGCUAAUAAGUAAUUAUUUUCCAACAUUAUUCAAUUUUCAUAUCAGUCCUAGUUAUACCAUCCCUAACCGACUUUUCUUAUAACUCUGUAUUAAAUUUACUCAAGAUUCCUAUUUCUGAAAUUUUAUUAAUUUAUGAUUAAUUAUUAAAAAAUUAAGUAACAAAUUUCUUCAUGUAGCAAAGGCAAAUUUUUGCUAUUUAUACCCUUCAUAUUACAGUAUUUACUAUCUUACAUUAUUCAUCCACUAUCUGAAAAAUCAUCAUAGGAUGCGAUAAAGUGGGGUCAUCAAUCCCGACUACGUGGCCAAGGUAUCAUAAUUUUUUUACACAUCCAAGUUCAACGUGAAAAUCAAAUUUUUUAAGGACAGAUCAAAUAUUUAAUAUAAUUAACAUGCCAUCUCGAAAUCCUCUUAAGAGCAAUCAAUUCUAAAAUGUAAUUUUUACAUCAAGAUUCUGGUGAUGCUGACAUUAUUUUUUUUUUCGCAUGAGCUGUGCAACUUAACCUGUUUUCGUCUGUUUCAAAAGAUUUUUUGAUUUGGCUUCAUUCAUUAGGAGCUGCCAUUUGCUUGGAGUUUUAGUUUCAUAGUUCAUUACUAUAGUUUGCGCAUUUUCUUUUUCGCUUUGUUGAACAGCAUUUUCCAUCCUAAAGAGUUUUAUAUUCAGUUUAUUGUGCUGUAAGGGUUUUACCUUGAUUUUUAUUUAAUUUUCCCAUUUAUAUCAGUGAUCUGACCACUCAGAGCUGUUUAGUCAUAACUUUCUAUUUGCGUUGUCAUGGAGUGUGGGAAAUCAAGAAAGUUUUCAACUAGAAAAUUACCAUUUCUUAUCCUUGGAAUAAAUGCUGGAUAGUCGUGCACGGUUUGUCUAUACAUGGUAAAUUAAAAUUUCUUAUCUUGGUAUCGUCUCAUUAUCAAAAUAGUGCUGUUAUCUAAGAAUCAGCUUAUGUAUGCAAGAAAUAAAUUAUGAAAAUAUA